CUGGAAGACAUGGGAAUAAGGGUAUCAUUUCAAAAAUUUUGCCUAGACAAGAUAUGCCCUAUUUGCAAGAUGGAACACCUGUUGAUAUGGUCUUCAACCCAUUAGGAGUACCAUCACGAAUGAAUGUGGGACAGAUAUUUGAAUGCUCGCUCGGGUUAGCGGGGGAUCUGCUAAAGAGACAUUAUAGAAUAGCACCUUUUGAUGAGAGAUAUGAGCAAGAGGCUUCGAGAAAACUAGUGUUUUCCGAAUUAUAUGAAGCCAGUAAGCAAACAAAAAAUCCAUGGGUAUUUGAACCCGAAUAUCCGGGAAAAAGCAGAAUAUUUGAUGGAAGAACAGGAAAUCCUUUUGAACAACCUGUUCUAAUAGGAAAGUCCUAUAUUUUAAAAUUAAUUCAUCAAGUUGAUGAUAAAAUCCAUGGACGUUCUAGUGGACAUUACGCACUUGUUACACAACAACCCCUUAGAGGAAGGGCGAAGCAAGGGGGACAACGAGUAGGGGAAAUGGAAGUUUGGGCUCUAGAGGGAUUUGGUGUUGCUCAUAUUUUACAAGAGAUGCUUACUUAUAAAUCUGAUCAUAUUAGAGCUCGUCAAGAAGUACUUGGUGCUACGAUCAUUGGAGGAAGAGUAUCUAACCCAGAAGAUGCUCCAGAAUCUUUUCGAUUGCUCGUUCGAGAACUACGAUCUUUAGCUCUAGAACUGAAUCAUUUCCUUGUAUCUGAGAAGAACUUCCAGAUUAAUAGGAAGGAAGCUUGAUCUGAAUGAAUCAGAAUUUCUAUUCUAUGAUUGACCGGUAUAAACAUCAACAACUUCGAAUUGGACUAGUUUCUCCUCAACAAAUAAAGGCUUGGGCCAACAAAAUUUUACCUAAUGGAGAGAUAGUUGGAGAGGUGACAAAGCCCUAUACGUUUCAUUAUAAGACCAAUAAACCAGAAAAAGAUGGAUUGUUUUGUGAAAGAAUCUCUGGGCCCAUAAAAAGUGGAAUUUGUGCUUGUGGAAAUUAUCGAGUGAUUGGAGCUGAAAAAGAAGACCCGAAAUUUUGUGAACAAUGCGGGGUGGAAUUUGUUGAUUCUCGGAUACGAAGAUAUCAAAUGGGAUACAUCAAACUCGCAUGUCCAGUGACUCAUGUGUGGUAUUUGAAACGUCUUCCUAGUUAUAUCGCGAAUCUUUUAGAUAAACCCCUUAAGGAAUUAGAAGGCCUAGUAUACUGCGAUUUUUCUUUUGCUAGGCCCAUAGCGAAAAAACCUACUUUCUUACGAUUACGAGGUUUAUUCGAAUAUGAAAUCCAAUCUCGGAAAUACAGCAUACCACUUUUUUUUACUACCCAAGGCUUCGAGACAUUUCGAAAUCGAGAAAUCUCUACAGGAGCAGGUGCUAUCAGAGAACAAUUAGCCGAUUCAGAUUUGCGAAUUAUUACGGGUAAUUCAUUAGUAGAAUGGAAGGAAUUAGGGGAGGAGGGGUCCACUGGAAAUGAAUGGGAAGAUAGAAAAAUUAGAAGAAGAAAGGAUUUUUUGGUUAGACGCAUGGAAUUAGCUAAACAUUUUAUUCGAACAAAUGUAGAACCAGAAUGGAUGGUUUUGUGCUUAUUACCAGUUCUUCCUCCCGAGUUGAGACCAAUCAUUCAGAUAGAUGGGGGUAAACUAAUGAGUUCGGAUAUUAAUGAACUCUAUAGACGAGUUAUCUAUCGGAAUAAUACUCUUACCGAUCUAUUAGCAACAAGUAGAUCUACGCCAGGGGAAUUAGUAAUGUGUCAGGAGAAAUUGGUACAAGAGGCCGUGGAUACACUUCUUGAUAAUGGGAUCCGUGGACAACCAAUGAGGGAUGGUCAUAAUAAAGUUUACAAGUCAUUUUCAGAUGUAAUUGAAGGCAAAGAGGGAAGAUUUCGUGAGACUCUGCUUGGUAAACGUGUCGAUUAUUCGGGACGUUCCGUCAUUGUCGUGGGUCCUUCGCUUUCAUUACAUCAGUGUGGAUUACCUCGAGAAAUAGCAAUAGAGCUUUUCCAAACAUUUGUAAUUCGUGGUCUAAUCAGACAACAUGUUGCUUCUAACAUAGGAAUUGCUAAAAGUAAAAUUCGGGAAAAAGAACCCAUUGUAUGGGAAAUACUUCAAGAAGUUAUGCGGGGGCAUCCUGUAUUAUUGAAUAGAGCACCCACCCUGCACAGAUUAGGCAUACAGGCGUUCCAACCCUUUUUAGUGGAGGGACGCGCUAUUUGUUUACAUCCAUUAGUUUGUAAGGGUUUCAAUGCAGACUUUGAUGGGGAUCAAAUGGCUGUUCAUGUACCUUUAUCUUUGGAAGCUCAAGCGGAGGCUCGUUUACUUAUGUUUUCUCAUAUGAAUCUCUUGUCUCCAGCUAUUGGGGAUCCUAUUUCCGUACCAACUCAAGAUAUGCUUAUCGGACUCUAUUUAUUAACGAUCGGGAAUCGUCGAGGUAUUUGUGCAAAUAGGUAUAAUCCAUAUAGAUAUAGUUGCGGAAACUACCAAAAUAAAAAGGUUGACAAUAAAAAAAAUGACUAUAGGUAUACGGAAAAGAAAGAACCCUAUUUUUCUAGUUCCUAUGAUGCACUUGGAGCUUAUCAACAGAAACGAAUUAGUUUAGAUAGUCCUUUGUGGCUCCGAUGGAGACUAGAUCAACGUGUCAUUGGCUCAAGAGAAGUUCCCAUCGAAGUUCAAUAUGAAUCUUUGGGUACUUAUCAUGAGAUUUAUGGGCACUAUCUAAUAGAAGGAAGUGUAACAAAGGAAAUCCGUUGUAUAUACAUUCGAACUACUCUUGGUCAUAUUUCUUUUUAUCGGGAAAUAGAAGAAGCCAUACAGGGGUUUUGUCGAGCCUACUCAUACGCUAUCUAAACUAAGAAAUCAGAUUAGGCGAUGUUCGUGCCCAUGGGAAUUCGGGUCUCCCCAAUUUCACUGGUAUCAUAAUUUCUGAAUUUCUGCGUGAAUCAAGAUUGAGAUUGAGGAAAGGAAGUUUUCGAAUCACUAACUCAGGUCCAUUGUCGAAUCCUACUUAGCAGAAUAAAUAUAAGAGGUACUGUACUUAUGGCAGAACGGGCCGAUCUGGUCUUUCACAAUAAAGUGAUAAAUGGAACUGUUAUGAAACGACUUAUUAGCAGGUUAAUAGAUCAUUUCGGAAUGGCAUAUACAUCACAUAUCUUGGAUCAAGUAAAGACUUUGGGUUUCCAACAAGCCACUGCUACAUCUAUUUCAUUAGGAAUUGAUGAUCUUUUAACAAUCCCUUCUAAGGGAUGGUUAGUCCAAGACGCUGAACAACAAAGUUUUAUUUUGGAUAAACACCAUCAUUAUGGGAAUGUACACGCGGUAGAAAAAUUACGUCAAUCCAUUGAGAUAUGGUAUGCUACAAGUGAAUAUUUGAGACAAGAAAUGAAUCCUAAUUUUCGGAUGACUGAUCCUUCUAAUCCAGUAUAUCUAAUGUCCUUUUCGGGAGCUAGGGGAAAUGCAUCUCAGAUACACCAAUUAGUAGGUAUGAGAGGAUUAAUGUCGGAUCCCCAAGGACAAAUGAUUGAUUUACCCAUUCAAAGCAAUUUACGUGAAGGACUUUCUUUGACAGAAUAUAUAAUUUCCUGUUAUGGAGCCCGCAAAGGAGUUGUAGAUACUGCUGUACGAACAUCAGAUGCUGGAUACCUCACACGUAGACUUGUUGAAGUAGUUCAACAUAUUAUUGUACGUAGAACAGAUUGUGGCACUAUCCGAGGUAUUUCCGUGAGUCCUCGAAAUGGGAUGACGGAAAAAAUUUUUGUCCAAACACUAAUUGGUCGUGUAUUAGCGGACGAUAUAUAUAUCGGUCUACGAUGCCUUGCCACUCGAAAUCAAGAUAUUGGGAUUGGACUUGUCAAUCGAUUCAUAACCUUUCGAGCACAACCAAUAUAUAUUCGAACCCCCUUUACUUGCAGGAGUACAUCUUGGAUCUGCCAAUUAUGUUAUGGUCGGAGUCCUACUCAUGGCGACCUGGUCGAAUUGGGAGAAGCUGUAGGUAUUAUUGCGGGUCAAUCAAUUGGGGAACCAGGAACUCAACUAACAUUAAGAACUUUUCAUACCGGUGGAGUAUUCACAGGCGGUACUGCCGAGCAUGUACGAGCUCCUUCUAAUGGAAAAAUAAAAUUCAAUGAGGAUUUGGUUCAUCCCACACGUACCCGUCAUGGGCAUCCUGCUUUUCUAUGUUCUAUAGACUUGUAUGUAACUAUUGAGAGUCGGGAUAUUCUACAUAAUGUAAAUAUUCCACCAAAAAGUUUUAUUUUAGUUCAAAAUAAUCAAUAUGUAGAAUCAGAACAAGUGAUUGCUGAGAUUCGUGCUGGAACGUCCACUUUUCAUUUUAAAGAGAAGGUACGAAAACAUAUUUAUUCUGAAUCAGAGGGAGAAAUGCACUGGAGUACCGAUGUCCACCAUGCACCUGAAUAUACAUAUGGUAAUGUUCAUCUAUUAUCAAAAACGAGUCAUUUAUGGAUAUUAGCGGGAGGUCCGUGCAGAUCCAGUAUAGUGUCUUUUUCGCUCCACAAGGAUCAAGAUCAAAUGAAUGUUUAUUCUUUUUCUGUCGAAGAAAGAUAUAUCUCUGACCUAUCAAUGACUAAUGGUCGAAUAAGACAUAAAUUGUUGGAUACUUCUGGUAAAAAAGAUAAGAAAAUUAUUGACUAUUCAAUAAGACCUGAUCAAACGAUGUCUAAUGGUCAUUUGAAUUUCAUAUAUCCUUCUAUUAUCCAAGGGAAUUCUUAUUUCUUGGCGAAAAAGCGAAGAAAUAGAUUCAUCAUCCCAUUACAAUACAAUCAAGAACGAGAGAAAGAACUAAUACCCUGUUUUGGUAUUUCGAUCGAAAUACCAAAACAGGGUAUUUUACGUAGAAAUAGUAUUCUUGCUUAUUUUGAUGAUCCACGAUACAGAAGAAGCAAUUCAGGAAUUACUAAAUAUGGAACCGUAGAGGUCAAUUCAAUCAUAAAAAAAGAGGAUUUGAUUGAGUAUCGAGGACCAAAAGAAUUUAGUCCGAAAUACCAAACGAAAGUAGAUCGGUUUUUUUUCAUUCUCGAAGAAGUGCAUAUCUUACCCGGAUCUUCGUUGAUAAUGGUCCGGAACAAUAGUAUCAUUGGAGUAGAUACACAACUCGCUUUAAAUACAAGAAGUCGAGUAGGCGGAUUAGUCCGAGUGGAGAGAAAAAAAAAAAAUAUUGAACUAAAAAUAUUUUCCGGAGAUAUUUAUUUUCCUGGAGAGGCAGAUAAGAUAUCCAGGCACAGCGGCAUUUUGAUACCACCGGAAACAGAAAAAAAAAUUUCUAAGGAAUCAAAAAAAUGGAAAAAUUGGAUCUAUGUCCAACGGAUCACACCUACCAAGAAAAAGUAUUUUGUUUUGGUUCGACCCGUAGUCACAUAUGAAAUAGCUGAUGGCAUAAAUUUAGCAACACUUUUUCCUCAAGAUCUCCUGCGGGAAAAGGAUAAUGUCCAACUUAGAGUUGUCAAUUAUAUCCUUCAUGGAAAUGGCAAGUCAAUUCGAGGAAUUUCUCACACAAGUAUUCAAUUAGUUCGGACUUGCUUAGUAUUGAAUUGGGAUCAAGAGCAAAAAGGUUCUCCGGAAGAGGUUCACGCUUCCUUUGUUGAGGUAAGAACAAAUGAUCUGAUUCGAGAUUUCAUAAGAAUUGAGUUAGUCAAGUCCACUAUUUCGUAUACCGGAAAAAGAUAUGAUAGGGCAAGUUCCGGAUUGAUUUCCGAUAAUGGAUUAGAUCGCACAAAUAUCAAUCCUUUUUUUUACAAGGCCAGGAUUCAAUCACUUACCCAACAUCAAGGUACUAUUGGUACAUUGUUAAAUCGAAAUAAGGAAUGCCAAUCUUUGAUAAUUUUGUCAUCAUCCAAUUGUUUUCGAAUUGGCCCAUUCAAUGGUUCAAAAUAUAACAAUAUGACAAAAGAAUCGGAUCCCAUAAUCCCAAUUAAGGAUUUGCUGGGUCCCUUAGGCACUAUUGUACCUAAAAUAGCAAAUUUCUAUUCAUCUUACCAUUUAAUAACUUAUAAUCAGAUCUUGUUAAAGAAAUAUUUGCUACUUGACAAUUUUCAACAGACUUUCCAAGUACUUCAAGUACUUAAAUACUGUUUAAUAGAUGAAAAUAGGAGGAUUUAUAACCCCGAUCCAUGCAGUAACAUCAUUUUGAAUCCAUUCCAUUUGAAUUGGCACUUUCUCCAUCACGAUUAUUGGGAAGAGACAUCUAAAAAAAUUCGUCUUGGACAAUUUUUUUGUGAAAAUGUAUGUCUAUUCAAAUACGAACCACACGUAGAAAAAUCUGGUCAGAUCAUAAUUGUUCAUGUUGACUCCUUAGUUAUAAGAUCGGCUAAGCCCUAUUUGGCCACUCCAGGAGCUACUGUUCAUGGCCAUUAUGGAGAAAUCUUUUACGAAGGAGAUACAUUAGUUACAUUUAUAUAUGAAAAAUCGAGAUCUGGUGACAUAACGCAAGGUCUUCCAAAAGUGGAACAAAUCUUAGAAGUACGUUCUAUUGAUUCAAUAUCGAUGAACCUCGAAAGGAGAGUUGAAGGUUGGAACGAAGGUAUACCAAAAAUUCUUGGAAUCCCCUGGGGAUUCUUGAUUCAAGCGGAGCUAACCAUAGUUCAAAGUCGUAUCUCUUUGGUUAAUAAAAUCCAAAAGGUUUAUCGAUCCCAGGGGGUACAGAUCCAUAAUAGACAUAUAGAGAUUAUUGUACGUCAAGUAACAUCAAAAGUGUUGGUUUCAGAAGAUGGAAUGUCUAAUGUUUUUUCACCUGGGGAAUUAAUCGGAUUGUUGCGAGCGGAACGAGCGGGGCGCGCUUUGGACGAAGCGAUCUCUUAUCGGGCAAUCCUAUUGGGAAUAACGAGGGCAUCUUUGAAUACUCAAAGUUUCAUAUCCGAAGCAAGUUUUCAAGAAACCGCUCGAGUUUUAGCAAAAGCUGCUCUACGAGGUCGUAUUGAUUGGUUGAAAGGCCUGAAAGAGAACGUUGUUCUGGGUGGGAUUAUACCCGUUGGUACCGGAUUCAAAAAAUUAGUGCACCGUUCAAGGCAAGACAAGAACAUUUAUUUGGAAAUCAAAAGAAAGAAUCUAUUCGAUUUGGAAAUGAGAGAUAUUUUGUUACACCAUAGAGAAUUAUUUUGUUCUUACGUCCCAUUUCCAUGAGACAUCAGAACAAUCGUUUACGCGAUUUCAUGAUUCCUAAGAGCAGAUUCUUUUACUUUAACUAUCUUUUCACUUUUAACUAUCUGUCUUUUAACUUAACUAUCUGGUCCGAGUAUUGAUUUGGUAAAAAAAAAAUAAGUAAUUAAAAGACAUUAAUGGUUUGUACCGUGUAUCAACGGUUAAUUCCCGGUAGAAGGUUCCAUCGGAACAAUUAUUUAUUUCAAAGUACCUCGUCUCUUUGUUAAAAAAAUAAAAAAGAAAAAACAAAAAGGAAGUGUGGGGAAAAAUGACAAGAAGAUAUUGGAACAUCAAUUUGGAAGAGAUGAUGGAGGCCGGAGUUCAUUUUGGUCAUGGUACUAAGAAAUGGAAUCCUAGAAUGGCCCCUUACAUCUCUGCAAAGCGUAAAGGUAUUCAUAUUACAAAUCUCACUAGAACGGCUCGUUUUUUAUCAGAAGCCUGUGAUUUAGUUUUUGAUGCAGCAAGUAGGGGAAAAAACUUCUUAAUUGUUGGUACCAAAAAUAAAGCAGCGGAUUCAGUAGCAUCAGCUGCAAUAAGGGCCCGGUGUCAUUAUGUUAAUAAAAAAUGGCUCGGUGGUAUGUUAACGAAUUGGUCUACUACGGAAACGAGACUUCAAAAGUUCAGGGAUUUAAGAGCAGAACAAAAGAUGGGGAAACUCAACCGUCUUCCCAAAAGAGAUGCCGCAAUGUUGAAGAGAAAAUUAUCUGCCUUGCAAACAUAUCUCGGCGGUAUCAAAUAUAUGACGGGAUUGCCUGAUAUUGUGAUCAUCGUUGAUCAGCAAGAAGAAUAUAUGGCUCUUCGAGAAUGUGUAAUUUUAGGGAUUCCGACGAUUUGUUUAAUCGAUACAAAUUGUGACCCCGAUCUCGCAGAUAUUUCGAUCCCAGCCAAUGAUGACGCUAUAGCUUCAAUCCGAUUGGUUCUUAACAAAUUAGUAUCCGCAAUUUGUGAGGGCCGUUGUAGCUAUAUAAGAAAUCGUUGAUUAUGAUUAAGAAUAAUUAGUUAAUUAUUUGGGGAUUUUAUAGAUUUAUUGGAUCGGUUACUAUUCUUGAAUUAAAAAAAAGAAAAAACAAAAUGGAAAUGUGGGCAUAUUGAUAAUAUGUUAUGAUGUUAUGUGAUUUCUUGGUAUCCUAUGUAAUUUCUUGAUAUCCUAAAUAUACGAUUGAUGAAUACAAUUAGUGAUUCAAGUUGGUGAGUUGAGAAAGAGAUGGUUGAAUCAAAAUAAUUUAUUUUUUGAAGUUCAAUUUUUGUUAGAGGACCAUAUGAAUGUUAUACCAUGUUCCAUUAAAACACUCAAGGGGUUAUACGAUAUAUCGGGUGUAGAAGUAGGCCAACAUUUCUAUUGGCAAAUAGGAGGUUUACAAGUCCAUGCCCAAGUACUUAUCACUUCUUGGGUAGUAAUUGCUAUCUUAUUAGGUUCGGUGAUCCUAGCUGUUCGGAAUCCACAAACCAUUCCGACCGGCGGUCAGAAUUUCUUCGAAUAUGUCCUUGAAUUUAUUCGAGACUUGAGCAAAACCCAGAUUGGAGAAGAAUAUGGUCCUUGGGUUCCCUUUAUUGGAACUAUGUUCCUAUUUAUUUUUGUUUCUAACUGGUCAGGUGCUCUUUUACCUUGGAAAAUUAUACAGUUACCUCAUGGGGAGUUAGCUGCGCCCACGAAUGAUAUAAAUACUACUGUUGCUUUAGCUUUACUCACGUCAGUCGCAUAUUUUUAUGCGGGUCUUAGCAAAAAAGGAUUGGGUUAUUUUGGGAAAUACAUUCAACCAACUCCAAUACUUUUACCAAUUAACAUCCUAGAAGAUUUCACAAAACCCUUAUCUCUUAGUUUUCGACUUUUCGGGAAUAUAUUGGCUGAUGAAUUAGUAGUUGUCGUUCUUGUUUCUUUAGUCCCUUCAGUAGUUCCUAUACCUGUCAUGUUUCUUGGAUUAUUUACAAGUGGUAUUCAAGCUCUUAUUUUUGCAACGUUAGCUGCGGCUUAUAUAGGUGAAUCCAUGGAGGGUCAUCAUUGACUAGCUUUCAAAAUAGUCUUUUUAUUAUUAUUUUUUAUUAUUAUUAUUAAGUAAGUUUAUCCCAAUUCAUGCGUGGUUCAAGAUAAUCCAAUUGGUUGGGGAACAUAAUAACGUAUUACUAUAUGACUUAGAGUUUUAGGAGAAAAGAUGGACGGUAUUACAGAAUUGUAAAAAAAAAAAGAAGGGUUGGGGAGGUUAUACUAGAUGUAUGUAAUGUCUAUAAGCUCGGACCCCGUCUAUGUUUCUAGGAAUGAUUCUAGAAUCCGAUUUAAUCUAAAAAAAAUGCGGGUGGUUUACGUUAUGGAAGAGAACAAAUAUAUAUGUCAUAUUAGAAUGACAUUAGAUAUUCAUUAGUUAUAUAAGGCUAUCCCUAUCAUCCUAUAUAACAUCACUAUAUUACAUAAUUACAUGCUAUUACUUAAUUACAUGCUAUUACUUAAUUACAUACUAUUACUAUUUUUAUAAUCAUAACUUCUACUCUGUAAUCAUAAUAUAAUCCUAUACAUAAUAUAAAAUAUAAUCCUAUACAUAAUAUAAUCCUAUAAUGAUAAUAUAAUAUAAUAAUAAUAUUAAUAUAAUAAUAAUAUAAUAAAUAUAAUAAUAAAUAAUAAUAAAUAAAUAAAUAAAUAUAAGUAAAUAAAUAUAAGUAAUAAAAUAAGUAUUAGUUAACAUUAAUAAUUAGUUUAAUAGUUAAUAUUAAUAUAAGUAUUAAUAUUCAUAUGUAAAAUAUCUAAGUAUCAAUUAAGUAUUAGUUAAUAUAAUCAUUUAUAAUUAUAUUAUCGAUAAUUAUUAGUAUUAAUUAUUACUAUAUAUUGAUAUUGGUACUACUACAUACUUUUAUAUUACUACAUAUUGAUAUAUUGAUAUUGAUUUGUAUUGGUAUUAAUUUGAUUGAUAUUGAUUGCAGCUCACACUGCAUUUAGUCACACUCCAUUUAGACGGAUUUCAAUAUCAGUCCUUCUAUUUUGUCUGUGAUUGUGGAUUGAAUGAACAAAGAGAUGAACUCAAGAAUGGUGUAGUAAAGAACGAAGAAUUAAAUGAAAGAGUGGUUCGAAACAAAGAAAUACAAUAGUUAGAACUGUAUGCAUAUGGAUUUACAAAAACUCCAUUAUGGGUAAAAACGAGAUAGUUGUGACGAUUCAGUUCAGUAAUUUAGUAAUAUUAUCAUUUCAAUUCGGAGUUUUUAGUUACUUCGGACCGCUGGAUCUUAAUGAUAAAAUGAGUAAUAAUUCAUUGGUUGAUUGUAUCAUUAACCAUUUCUUUUUUUUUGUGCGAGGAACUUACCAUGAAUCCACUGAUUUCUGCCGCUUCCGUUAUUGCUGCUGGAUUGGCCGUGGGGCUUGCUUCUAUUGGACCUGGAGUUGGUCAAGGUACUGCUGCAGGCCAAGCUGUAGAAGGUAUUGCGAGACAACCAGAAGCAGAGGGUAAAAUACGAGGUACUUUAUUGCUUAGUCUAGCUUUUAUGGAAGCUUUAACAAUUUACGGACUGGUCGUGGCGUUAGCGCUUUUAUUUGCGAAUCCUUUUGUUUAAUCCUAGAAAUAAAUAGAAAAAAGUACCUUACAUACUUUUUUCUUAUUUUAUUAACUUUAACUUGGAAUUGCCCUUUGCUUCUUCGAAUUAUAUUUACACUUUACUUAUAAAUUACUUAUUUGUUGAGACAAUACGCCAGGAAGGGCUGAUUUGAGGAUGAGGAAUUACCAGAUUCGCUUGCUUUCUUCCUUUCUGUCCUUAGCUUAGUACAAUAGAAAACUUUUUUACUUUCAUUGUUCGAAGCGUUUCAACAAACGAAAUAGUUAUCAAUUGAUAUGAGAUCUAAGACCUAAGUAAAGUAUCUUAUUGGAAACUUCUUGAAAACUUAAAAAAUAAUAAAUUUCAAACAAAUGAUUUAAUCUAUUGCCAUUAAAUAAAGUGGAAAUGAAAUUAAUAAAAAGAAAUCGAUCAAAAAAAGGCGAGUGAAGUGAUACAAAAAGAACUCUGUUCUUUGUUAGUCCUAUCCAUAAGAGAGGGGAGCAUAUGAAAAAUGUAAUCGAUUCUUUCGUUUCCUUGGGUCACUGGCCAUCCGCCGGGAGUUUCGGGUUUAAUACCGAUAUUUUAGCAACAAAUCCAAUAAAUCUAAGUGUAGUGCUUGGUGUAUUGAUUUAUUUUGGAAAGGGAGUGUGUGCGAGUUGUGUAUUUCAAGAAUAGGUUGGAUCCAUCCAGCUGCACUUUAUUUAUGGUAUUUAUAGGAGAAAUAGGAAAAAGGUGCACGAUCUCGACGAAUUACUUCUGAAUAAAUUAAGAAAUCAUAUGUAAGAACCAUAGCAUUUCGUGACUUAUUGGUAAAUCCACUUUGAUUCUCUAUCAACCAAUAAUGUGAGACCAUUAACAUGGUUAAAGCUAAAUUGUUUAAAGUCCAGGUAAAACAUGGUACUCUUUCUACCACUUCUACCACUACGUUAGUAACGAAAUGGUUAAAAAAAAAAUAGUUGGUAAUUUAUUUGAUUUGAUAUAGAACACUCAUAUCGAUAAAAGAAUUUGAACCAUUUACUAGAAAAAUGAGCACUUUGCUUUUUUUAUCUAAUGCCGAAAUGACGACCUAUGUAUAAAAAAAGAGGAAUUUUUGGACUUGAAGAAACAAAUAAAAAAUAUAAUAAUUAUUAUUUUCAUUUUUUUAAAAUGAAAAAUGAAAUAGAAUUCUAAAAAUGAAAAUGAUAAAUAAAAUACAAAACAAAUAUAAAUAAAAUACAAAUAAAGAAACAACUUUGCUGACAAUUCUAGAUUUUUGUCUGGUCUAGUCGGAAGAGUCCUCCUGAUAUUCUGGUCUUGUAUCAGUUUUGACAUCUUUGAAUACAAACAGAAAAGAGAGGGUAGGCUCAUUACAUUAAAAAAGAUAUGGGAAUACCCACACCAUAAAUAAAACAUUAAAAAAGAUAUGGGAAUACCCACACCAUAAAUAAAAUAAAUAAUUGAGCGUGAGAGCCAAAUGAAUCGAAAGAUUCAUGUUUGGUUCGGGAAGAGAUCAUGGAAGUUUUGAAAUUAAUGAUAAGAUAAUCUACUUUCAUUAAAUGAUUUAUUAGAUAAUCGAAAACAGAGGAUUUUGAAUACUAUUCGAAAUUCGGAAGAAUUACGUAAAGGGGCCAUUGAGCAGCUCGAAAGAGCCCGGGCUCGCUUACGUAAAGUGGAAA